AUGGCACCAGCUGGCAGCCACACGCUCUUGCUGGAAGUCCCGGCGGGAGAAGAGAAAGGCAGAAAACCCAUGGCGGAGAAGUUGCAGAAGCCCAAGGUGGAGAAGCUACACCGGGACCGGAUUAACAGCAGCAUCGAGCAGCUGAAAGUCCUGCUGGCAAAGGAAUUCCAGAGGCAUCAGCCCCACUUCAAGCUGGAGAAAGCGGAAGUUCUGGAGACGACUGUCAGCUACCUGAAAUGCAGCCCAACAUCCGCUCCUCCUUCCACCGGCAUAAACCAGGAUUACAGCAAAGGUUAUUCCUCCUGCUUGAACGAAGUGCUGCACUUCCUGGCCGUCCACACUGCAAACUCUGAAACCCAGCUCAAGCUCUUAGGCCACUUCCAGAAGCCUCGGACGGGGACCCCCAAGGGACCGACUUCCUGCGCCCCUGUUCUGCUCCAGAAGGGGCCCUUGCGGAAGAUGACGCCGAAGCUAACCAGCAGCCCUUGGAGGCCUUGGUAG